AUGCUCCAGGUGCUGGCGGCGUGCACGUUGCGGGAGGAGGAGAGCCAUGCCUUCACCUGCCGGGCCCCCCGGCCGGCCCCCGGCACCGCGCUGGUGUGGUACCUCGACGGCCGGAAGCAGGAGGCCAACUGCUCGGCCGCGGGCGCUGCCAGCACCCUCACCCUCACCGCCCGGCGCGCCGACCGCGAGCUCAACUGCUCCCUGGUGGACCCGGCCUCCGGUGAGACCUACAACGCCUCCGUCCUCCUCGACGUGCAGUAUAAGCCGGAGAUCCUGCGGGCAAGCGCCCGCUACCAGGAGGCCGAGGGCGCCGGGCUCCUCCUGGUGCUCUUUGUGCUGGUGCAAGCCAACCCGCCCGCCAGCAUCACCUGGGCGGACCAGGACGGGCGCGUGAUGGCCAACGUCUCCGAGUUCCUCCUCCUGGGCACCGCGCGCUACCCGGGGCUGGCUAACCACUCGCUCCGCGUCCGCCUCGGCGGCGCGGCUGGCAACUUCUCCGUCAGCGCUGCCAACAGCGUGGGCGUCACCACCGCCUCCCUCCUGCCCCCAGGUCCGCUGGACGCCCGCGUGGAGCUGCCCCUCCUGGGCGUUGCCGUCGGAGCAGCCCUGGCCCUGGGCGCCCUGCUCAGCCUGGGCUCCUGCGCCGCCUGCCUGGCAUGCCGCUGGCCCAAGCCAGAGCCAGGUAAGGGGCGAGCGGGAGGGAGCAGCCCGCUCAGCCGGUGCUCCCGUUGCAGCGGCUCCGAGCACCCGCAGCCCCGGGGCGCGCGCCUGCCCCGCCAGACCCGCUCCCUGCCGCCCGACCUGCGCCUCGGCGACCUCGCGCCGGAGGCGGAGGUAAGAGCCCGAGCUUCCCCCCGGGAUGCGGGAGCCGGCGCCAGGGGAGAGGAGAGCGCCCUGCCGGGGCUGGAGAACUCCCUGCUCCUCAGCCAGCUCGGUUUUGUCCAGCUCCCGACGUCCGGGCGCAUCUACAAAGUGCCCAGCGUGAGCAGCGACGAGAUCUGGCUGUGAGAGGCGGCGUGGAGCCCAUGAGCCAGAGCUGCCCGGCCCC